AUGUUCCCCUACGGCACUGCCGGUCAGAAGAAAUCUUGCUCUGAGCGGAAGUUCCGAUCAACCAGAAAAACUACACGAGGAGCCACCAGAACACCUCGCAGGCGACGCUCCAAAUCUCCGGUCCUCCACCCGCCAAAGUUUACACACUGCAGCGCAAAGACGUCUUGCAACACUCAGCUAAAGCACAAGACUCUCUGCGACGCUUCAGACGGAGGACCCGCCAUCAGUCGUUCUGCCACCAGCGAUCCACCAAGCACUACUCUCAAAGGCAAUGGCUACAGGAGAUUUGGCCUUGAGCCUUCUGGGUUAUCUUCAUCAGAGACUUCCACCCAGAUACCAGUUUCCCUGGAUCCCGGGACAAGCUCCAAGGCCGGCUUCCCUUCAGAUUUCCAGUCUGUGUCGAAGCUCAGCGCCGCCACAAAAUGUACUUGCAACGGUAAAGAUUGCCAGUGUGACAACUGGCAAAACAUGGAAGUCUAUUCCUUCUCGGGCUUGCGAGACAUGCUCACGGAGUGCGAGAAGACCGUGAAGGAGGACUGCUCUCAGCCUUUACAAAACAGAACUAAUGCCGGCAGCUCCAGCGCCUCUGGCUCCCCUCGCUCCUGCUCGGAGCAGGCCCGGGCCUCUGUCGAUGAUGUCACCAUCGAAGACCUGGCCGGUUACAUGGAAUACUACUUGUAUAUUCCAAAGAAAAUGUCCCACAUGGCAGAAAUGAUGUACACAUGAGCGCUAAGAAUUGCCAGGGAGGGUGACAAUGAACCGCAUGUUGCCAAGAGAGAUCUUUGGGCCUUCAAUCAUUUGGGUGUAAAAUAGAAAAUGUCAUCUGCAUCUUGCACAGUUUGUCUUGAAAUUUCAAGGGUGUCUCUGGCUUCUUAGUUCAAAGAGAACUAUCUGCAUUU